UUUGUUCAUUUGUGUCUUUACCUCCACAGAAAACGAACCUGUUUUAUUUCAUAGGUACUUUUAAUUUUUACUCAAAAUUGUACGAUUAAAUUUAUUUUUGUUAAUUAAGUUAAGUCAUCGAUCAUUUAAAGUUUUGCAUCAUCCGCCAAGAACUUCGAGGAAAAUGUUUAUUAAAACUCCAUUUGAAAACCAAGUUAAUGCUGUCAAUGAAACUUUGAAAGUUGACAAUAAAUUGCAGUUGAGUCAUCAAAACUUUAUCGAUGACAUCAGAGAACAAUUAAAGAUAAGGAAAAUUUCACUCAUCGAACGAUUGAAGCAUAUUCAAGAGUUUCCGACAACUCACGUUUUGGCUGACCUUUCCUGGAAAGUUUAUGAAGAUCAAGAGAAAGAAAAAUUGCCUGAUGGAUGGAAAUUGUUGACGACAGCACAAAACAAAGAAAUUUCGAAUGGAUAUUUUGGUGCUGCGUUCUUAAAUCCCGAAAGUCAACAUUGCGUUGUUUCUCAUCGUGGAACUGAACUGAGUAAUUUUGGUUCUGUUCUUACUGACAUAACAGGAAUUUUGUUUAAUAAUUAUGCUGGUCAAAUGGAUUCUGCUUGCACAUUUGCUACUAAAGUUGCAGAUGCUUUGAAAAUUAUUGAAAGUGAAAGUGAAGAUACACAUUUCGAGCUCUUUUUUACUGGUCAUAGUCUCGGUGGAUAUUUGGCACAAAUAACAAAUUUUUCGAAUGCUUUCCUUAAACAAAAUGAAGAAACUUUUAAAAGACGAGAACCGAACGAUGGCGAACCUUUUCAUACAUUCGCCAUUGUCUUCGACUCUCCAGGAUCUCUGCCAAUGCUAAUGAAAAUGAAAAGUAAAUUCGAAACAUCAGAUGAUCCAAUUUGUCUCGAAGAUUUAAGUAUAACAAGUUUUCUCAGUGCACCCAAUCAAGUCAACACAUGCAAUGAAGCUUUUGGAAAAGUUUUCCGAAUUUUCAUUGACACUUCGAAAAUGAAUUUUAUGGAUCGCAAUAUUGGAUACACUUUGACAAUGCACUCGAUUGAAAACAUUGUAAAAUUUUUUGGAUCACAUGAUGAAGAUCAAGUGCAGGAAGUUCUUGAAUGGCCACUUCGUGAAGGCAUUACAGGAAUUCAAGAAUUGGAAAAAUUUCUGAAAUAUGCAAAUUAUCGUAAUCAUUAUCACAUUCGAGGUACAAUCAAAGAAGCAUCGAAGAAAAUUUAUGUUCGAUACAAGACUAGAAAGUUUAACAGAACUUCAAAGCCAUUCAGCGUUUUUUCAAGACGAGAAAAAAUGUUUUUGGAACACUUUCGAUGGUUGAAAAAUCUUGCCGAAUAUGCGAGUUUUAAUGAAUAUUUUGAUGAAAUUAAAGAUUGCGAAGAGAUUUUUAAGAAGUUGAAAUCUUUUGAUAUUAUUGAUCAAGACAUUCAUUUUAAAAGAUCAGAAGAAAUCAAAUAUUUCAUUCCACUGAUUAAAAUUUUUCUUAAACUUUUUCCAAACAUCGUGGAGAAAGCUCGAAAGUUUUUGAUUGAUCCUCAAAUUAGAGCAAAGAUAUUUUCAUUUGAGACAAAAAUAGGAUUAAAACACAAGAAAGAAAACUUUUUGGAUUUCAAACCAUCAACCAUUAAUUUAGUUAAUAUUUUUAACAAUCAAUUCUCACAAGUCUCGAUUAGAAAUGGAAAAUCUUAUGAUGGAUUGUCAAUGAUUUUCAAUGAGUUGGAACGUUCAAGUUUCAAAAAUAAAUAUAGCAAUGAUGGAAUUUUAGUGUUGGAUCUCCAAAGAUUUACAAUCGUAAAUGAACUUAUCGAUGUCAAAGAGUAUUUGAAAUCAAGUCAAAAUAAUUUCUUAGUAAUCGUCCACUGUGAAGACAACGUAGAAAUUAUUGAAGAUUCAAGAAAUCCUUUUAAAAAUCUCAUCGAUGCUCUAAAUGAUCAUCCCGAAUUUAAAAUUAUUAUGAUUGGUGGCAGUGAAAAUUUGCAUUUCAACGAUAUUUGUGAGCAAGUGAAAGAGAAAAUUCCUGAUGGUUUCUAUAAAGUUGAGAAAGAAAUUUCAUGGAAUGAUUUAUCAAAAGAUUCUCAGAAGAAAAUCUUGAAAAAAGGCAUCAACUUUCAAGGAAGACAUGAAACACUUGAGAACUUUGAAAUCGAAAACCUAAACGACACUUUGAUGAAUCACAUUUUGAAUUGCGAAGACUUGGAAGUGAAUGUCGAUCCAUUUAUGAAAAACAGCUUUACAGUUUACACAAAUGAUCACGAAAAGAAAGAAUUGAAGGGAAAACUUCUACUCGAAAGUUUAGAAAAUAAUGAAGAUGUUUUGUUCAUUAGUGGAAUUUACAAUGAAAGCUUUGAAAAGUCUUCGGGAGAAAUGAAGAAAAUUCUUCAAGUUGACAACUCAAAUGAAGAAUCUCUUGUUGAUCAUAAUAUUGUGAUCAAUCUUGAACGAUUAAAUGAAUGCAAAAAGAAACUUCAAAUUACUACAACUGUUGGUACUGAUAAAACAUUGGAAGAAUUUGAUGAAAAAUGUCGGAAUUUCUUCGACAAUUCCAAUCGAAUAGUUCAUUGGAUUAAAAUCAAAGACGAUAAGUUAACUUGGAGGAAAAGUUUCAACAACAGUUUAUACAUUGAAAGAAAGUUAAAAACAGAAAAUCGUGUGAUUAAUGACAAACAAUUGCAUGACGAAGAAAAUAAACUCAUUGUUCUUGUUGGCACAAACGGUGAAGGUAAAUCAGCAACGUUAACACAUUUGGCACGUGGAAAAUCCAAAAAGUCUUGGGUGAUUCAUAGAAACUUCAAAGACAUUCCACUCGAUGAAAUGAAAGGCAAUGAACUGAGUCUCGACUCUGUUGCAACGUUAAUUUCAAAAGCUUGCAAUUAUGAUGAAGAAAAUCAUUUGCAAAGUUUUUUAUUACGUCAGAUGCUUUCAAACAAGACCGAAAAGCCAAUAACCUUCUUUUUGGAUAACUUUGAAGAUUUGAAUGACAAAGAUCGAGUGAAGGCAGUGAAUCUAUUAAAAUUUAUUAAAGACAAUACUUCAUGUCGAGUGAUACUGACACUGCCUGAUAAUUUAAUAAAUUUAUUCCAAGAAUUAAAUCCUUCAUCGUACACUUUUGAACGAAUGGAACGAACAGAUAAAGUUAAAUUGUUGAAGGAAUUCUGGAGAACUCAAUUUUCCCUUUUGUGGGGUCACAAAAAAUGUACAGAAAUAUUUUCCGAAGCAAAGAAAUCAAAGUUCAAUAGUUUUGCUGACAUAUUGCUUGAACAUUUAGAUUCAAUGAUUAAUAAAAAGGCUGAUGAGAAAGUUAUGGGUGGUCCGAAACAAUUAAAAUUGCUAGCUGAAGGAUUUAUGGAAGACUUUGAGAAAUUCGUUCAAAUAUCGACAUUGAAACAAAAAAUUAUUGAAGGUUUGAAUCUUAAAUCAAUUUACAUGCAAUAUGUUAAUGCAAAAUAUGAAUUGUAUGUAACAACGAAAGCUCAAGUAGCUUCAAUCGAUCAGAAGAGCAAAGGAAUGUGGCGAUCGUUUCAAAAUAUAUCACUAGACUCAUUUGUGCCACAAGAUUUUCUUACCAAAUAUGAACUUUGUUCAACUGAUUAUUUAAUUUAUCAACUAACGAAGAAUCAAUCAGCGCCAAAGCUUUUGAAGACUUUCACUGGUUAUAUUUUAACUGAUUGCAAAUGUGAGAAAAUAAGAAAAUAUUUGAACACUCAUGAAGAUUUGCUUCCUAAAUGUGUUGCUUUUGAAAUCACUGAUGAGAAUGUUCAGUCGAUUGUUGGUGCACCAAUGAUUACAGCAUGCACAGAAGGUCAUGAAAAUAUUCUAAAAUUCUUGAUCGAACUUCUUAGAAAGAAACCUCAGUUGAAUAAUGUUGAAUUAAUUGAAGAUGAUUCUGGGAAAAAUGCACUCGAUUAUGGAAUUGAAUAUUGUCACAAAGCUUGCGUUAAAACACUCGUAGAAUUUCUCAUGGACUUUGGCAAUGAAGAAAACCUCAAGAAAUCUCUGCAGAACAUCAACGACAAUAUUUUGGAAAGAUUUGCAAAUAAAGCUGAGAGUGAAGAAUACUUGGAAUGGUUCAGUAAAAUUUUGAUCAAAAAUAAUGUACAGAAAACAUUCUAA